GAAGAUGCCACUCCAGCACCGACGCCGCCCGGGCCUCCAGGUUCGGUUCCCGGGAGCGAGUCCCGCCCCCGGGCCCGCCCCCGACCCCGCCCCUUCUCUGCGGGCGAGGAUCCCGGAUGUUACCUCCUCCGGCGCGCGGAAUCCCGCCCCUUGGUCUCCGCCCGGUCUUCCUAAUCCGCUACGGGUCCUGCACGGCCUAGGAAGAGUUUCGACGUCUCUGGGGUGGCUAGAGCGUCCUCCCGCGCUCUGUCGCGCUGCAGGUUGCCGAGGAGCGCAAGUAGAAGAAAUAUGGAGUUUAGAGCCGGAGAAUUUUGAAAAAUUAAAGCCGGUUCACGGGCUAAUUUUUCUUUUCAAGUGGCAGCCAGGAGAAGAACCAGCAGGUUCUGUGGUUCAGGACUCCAGACUUGACACAAUAUUCUUUGCCAAGCAGGUGAUUAAUAAUGCUUGUGCUACUCAAGCUAUAGUAAGUGUGUUGUUGAACUGCACCCAUCAAGAUGUCCAUUUAGGAGAGACCUUAUCAGAAUUUAAAGAAUUUUCACAAAGUUUCGAUGCAGCUAUGAAAGGUUUGGCACUGAGCAAUUCAGAUGUGAUUCGACAGGUGCACAACAGUUUUGCCAGACAGCAAAUGUUUGAAUUUGAUGCAAAGACAGCAGCAAAAGAAGAAGAUGCUUUUCACUUUGUCAGUUAUGUUCCUGUUAAUGGAAGACUGUAUGAAUUAGAUGGAUUAAGAGAAGGACCGAUUGAUUUAGGAGCAUGCAAUCAAGAUGACUGGAUCAGCGCAGUGAGGCCAGUCAUAGAAAAAAGGAUACAAAAGUACAGUGAAGGUGAAAUUCGAUUUAAUUUAAUGGCUAUUGUGUCAGACCGAAAAAUGAUAUAUGAGCAGAAGAUAGCAGAGUUACAAAGACAACUUGCAGAGGAGGAACCCAUGGAUACAGAUCAGGGUAGUAAUAUGUUAAGUGCUAUUCAGUCAGAAGUUGCCAAAAAUCAGAUGCUUAUUGAAGAAGAAGUACAGAAAUUAAAAAGAUAUAAGAUUGAAAAUAUAAGAAGGAAGCAUAAUUAUCUCCCCUUCAUUAUGGAAUUGUUAAAGACUUUAGCAGAACACCAGCAGUUAAUACCACUAGUAGAAAAGGCAAAAGAAAAACAGAAUGCAAAGAAAGCACAGGAAACCAAAUGAAGAAAAUACUCCGAAAAUUUCUGCUUCUGCACUUAUUUUCAUGGAAACCAUUAAGUAUAAAGAACUUUGAGAAACAUCCUAAUUGACUGCACGUUUGGCAAUAGUACCUGUCUGUCUUGUCUUUAAUGCAUGGAUACAUAAAUGUUUUCCAUACCUGCAUCAUGUGCAUGUAGUGCAUAUUAAAUAAAAGUGAUGUCGAGAGUGA